AUGUAUCCGGGCGCGGUUGAAGCCGUAACUGAAGACUUCUACGUAUAUGAUCUGUUGACCGGUGCAGAUGAUCCAGAUACCGCCGUAGAGAAACGUCGACAAAUAAAUGCGAUGUUGAAAGCUGCAGGUUUCGUAUUGAAGAAAUGGGCAUCCAACGUUCCAGAAGUAUUGGCGGAUGUUCCCGUAGCAGAUUUAGCCAUUCAAACAUUGCACAAUUUACAAGAGGAGCAGUCGAUAUCCACCCUCGGAUUAGUUUGGGAUAUUAGAUGUGAUAUGCUUCGCUUCAACGUUCAGUUGCCUCUACCAGCAUCGAUCCUAACCAAACGGAAAGUUAUUUCGUACAUUGCAAAGAUAUUCGACCCACUAGGCCUGGUGGGUCCCGUAAUAGCUACUGCUAAAAUGUUCAUGCAGCGGCUAUGGAAGCUGAAAAUGGAUAACAAUAAACCCUACGAGUGGGACAGACCUCUUCCGCAGAAAUUGCAAGACGAUUGGAAACGAUUUCAUGCAACACUUCACGUCCUUGAUCAACUGAGGAUUCCCCGCUUUGUUGCUGUGCCAGCUGCUUCCAAAAUUGAUCUCCACAUUUUCUGUGACGCGUCAGAGUCUGCUUAUGGAGCAUGUUGUUUUGUAUGCUCGGAGAACUCCAGCGGUGUAAACGUACAACUGCUCACCUCCAAGUCAAAAGUAGCACCCAUCUCUACCAAACACACUAUAGCCAGACUUGAAUUGUGCGCUGCUGAGCUUGCAACCAAGGUGUAUCAGAAGGUUACGCAAGCCAUGAAAACCCCCGCUCAUGCCACGUUCUGGUCGGACUCGACUACGGUACUUCAGUGGCUUAAAUCACCGCCCAGCCGUUGGAAAACAUUCGUAGCGAAUCGCGUUUCCUUUAUACAGAUGUCGACGAGUGGAACUAGUUGGAGACACGUACCGGGCGCAGAAAACCCAGCCGAUGAACUUUCUCGCGGUCUACAACCUCCCGAAAUAUUAUCGCAAGCCAGAUGGUGGAACGGCCCAUCCUGGUUAGCCUUAGCGCCAGGCCACUGGCCACAUUCAGAAACCCCAGAUCAAGAAGCAGCUCCCAUCGUUGAAGAAGCCCGUACGAUAGCAAUGAUUUCGGCAACCCUAGUAGAAUCCCAAUUUGCAGACCACUUAUUCGCCAAGUAUUCAUCGUACACAAAACUUCGUCGUGUUUUCGGGUAUUGCAUGAAAUUCAUUCGUCUUUCUCAAAGGAAACCUCAGAAGUCUUCCCAUAGUAUGUCACAUGUGCUAACUACAAACGAUCUGAAGGCAGCGGACUACGCACUAGCCCGCUUAGCGCAAGCUCAGCUUUACCCAGAAGAGCUAACCUUGCUAACAAGUCCAACGAAAGAUCAAAGCGACAUGAAAUCCUCACCACUUAAAUGGCUAAAACCGUUCAUAUGUACGGAGGGUAUAAUUCGAGUUGGAGGUCGCUUGUCCAAUUCCGAACUCCCCGAAGAAAUCAAGCAUCCAUUAGUCCUAUCCGCAAGGCAUCCUUUAGCUGAAAUUCUAGUUAGCCAUUACCAUAAACGACUUUUACACGCUGGCCCACAGCUAAUGCUCUCGACGAUUCGUCAGAAAUAUUGGAUAAUAGGAGGAAGAAAUUUAGUUCGCCGAGUCUACCAUCAAUGCAUCAAAUGUUUCAGGCAAAAACCUGUCCUUAUCCAACAGGCCACAGCAGAUCUUCCGAAAUCCCGAGUUGUGCCAUCUCGUCCGUUUUCUGUUAGUGGCGUCGACUACUGUGGUCCAGUUUAUUUGAAAUCCCCAAUCCGCAGACGCGGGCCAACUAAAGCAUAUAUUGCCAUCUUGUCAGCACUACGUCGCUUCACUGCCAGUCGUGGCUAUGUUCGGGAACUCCAUUCUGAUAAUGGGACUGCGUUCAAAGGAGCAUCUAAUCAGCUACACCAUGUAUACGAGAUGUUAAAGUCGACGGGAACCCAGCGAGAUCAAAUUGUGAACUGGUGCGCCAAUAACGAGAUUGAAUGGAAGUUCUCCCCACCCUGUGCUCCUCAUUUUGGAGGACUGUGGGAGGCUGCAGUCAAAUCUGCCAAGCAGCACCUCCUGCGGGAAAUAGGACACAUUAGCAUUAGCCAGGAAGAUAUGGUCAUUCUCUUGGCACAGAUUGAAAUGUGCUUAAAUUCCAGACCAUUAAUACCAAUUCCCGGCGAGACUACCGACUUGGAAGCAUUAACACCAGGCCACUUCCUGGUCGGUUCGAAUCUACAAGCUGUACCGGAACCCAGUCUUAAUCACACGUCGAAUUCCUACCUAAAUCACUGGCAUCAAACGCAAAAGAAUCUCCAGCGCAUUUGGGCGCGCUGGUAUCCAGAAUACUUGGCCCAACUACAGUCCCGUGCAAAAAAGGGUUGCAAACGUCCUGUACCGAUCGAGGUGGGACGCAUCGUGGUCAUCAAAGAUGAUAACCUUCCACCCGCUAAAUGGCCGCUAGGCAGAAUCAUCAAGCUUCACCCAGGGAAAGACGGUGUUACUCGGGUCGUAACGCUGAAAACAGCAGUAGCCGACAACGUCGUCAGACCAAUAGCGAGAAUCGCCAUGCUGCCAUUACCACAUGAUCCAGAGCCUGUCUGCCCAGAAACGUUAUGCUGA